AUGAGCAGCCGCAGUUCCUGGACAGAUCUUGUCAAGGUUUGGAUCCAACUUGGUCAAUGCCUCCGGGCGUCGGUGGCCACGGCGCCCGCUGGGACCAGCGACGAGGCGUACGUCGUCAAGAAGCCGACGCCGCCGCCGCGCCCGGCCAGCCCGCCGCGCCCGACACAGAGCACGCUGCCGCGGUGUCAAGUGCUGACGCGGAAAGGGUCGCCGCCGAGCUUCCACUCGCUCUUGGAUCGAUUUCUGCAGCGACCCAAGUCGCCGAUCCGCCUCCCGCGUGCCUUCUUGAACCGCACCGUGCUCACGGUGGCCGGAAAGCGCGUGCCGUUCACGCGCUGCAUGUCCAAGGUCGCGCGCAGCCAGAUCAAGCCGCUGCCGACGAUCGUCGAGAUGUACACGCGGCAUUAG